GUGGUUCACCGCAAGAGAGUUAUAGUUAAAAGGUAAAUAUAACUGAACGCUGUUUUAAAAUCGUUUGUUACAGAUAGAGUGCCGAUUCUGCGCAGUCGUGUGAGGAUCACGACAACUAUAGAACGGUAGAUCUGCUGGGUAUGGAGACUAUGAACGACAGUCAUGACCUCCACUUGCAUCUUCCAUACUACAAUGCAAUAACAGAUGAGCCACAGGAGGAGUUGCGGGGUGUGUGCGAUGGCCUGUCCCAUGCUGUCCUGGUGGGUGAGCUCAGCCCAGGUGCCACUUUCUGGGUGCAGCGCCUCAACGAGUUUAUUCUGGUACAUAAGCGUAACAUGAGCCAUGAACAGAUGGUGCCGUUGGUGCGUCUGCUGUACCGCCUCGUGACUAUUCCUAAUUUGGACUUCAAUCUGCAAGAGCGCUUUGCACGCACCCUGACCAAACUGAUCCUAAAGAAAAAGUCCUUAUCGUCGCAUCUGAUUGAGUUGCCAUGGCGACCACUGUACGACAUUCUGCGUACCAUCUACUUUGGUCAGGCAGAGACUACCAUAUAUGUACAACGUGACAAACACGGCGCAGCGAUUGUGAAGCUAGUUGAGGCUGCGCGGCGGUUCUUUCCCGAAAGCGCAACGCGUGAGAUCUUGGACGAGUUCCAGUCCAAACUCUGUCCACACGACGUGGUGCUGUUCGAUGCCCAGGGGUGGCUUGUUCUAUUUUUACCCACCAAUCACGUCGAAGGAAAGCCCACGCACCAUGAGCUGUGGUUGGACUGGGUGUUUGAUGUGUGGGGAUGGGUGCGCGAUGACGUCAGCACGUGGAAUGGUCAGUGGCUCAGACUCAUCGCGCGACUGGUCAAGGGCCAACCCACAGCUGAGGUACAUGCGCUGCUUGAGCCUCAUUUGGACUUUCUGUUUAAUAAGUUCUUGUCAUCACUUAACUUGCCUGUGGGUGCGAGUGCCGCACCAAAAGACCACCGCGCAGCAAUGUCUUCAGGUGCACAGGUGUUGCUAUUACCAGACGGGGAAGGACAGCACACAAUCAAACGCAUGUGUGCCAUCGUGGCAUGGCUGCUCUCGCCUGAAGGCCGUGUCAUUGAGCUGCUGCGUGCGCUGCUGCGUGCUACCGAGUCCUUCUUCCACCCCUCCAACAGUGGCGCCUGGCAGGGUCGUCUGGCGCAGGUGCUGUAUUGUCUGUGCUCUGAGGUGUGCGAUCGGCUGAAGAAGGAGCGAAAGCCACAGUGCCCUACCCCACCCCACCUGCGCCUGCAAGACCCCCAGCGCAAGGCUUUUGCGGACUGUAUGUCGCCUGUUUUAGUACCGGCUCUCUUCUCUAAGUCGCAUAGUAUGGUCAUGACCUCUGCCUUGGCCCAUAAGCUGUUGGCGUACAUCUGUCCUGAGGCUAUUCUGCCGCAGUUGUUGGAGAGUGUGUAUCCUGCACUACAGACGCUUACUGAGUCUCACCAGACACUCGCGGCUUUGGGCUGUCUGUGCUUUGUGGCCAGGCCGUUACUUAGUAAAUCGGUCUAUCCGUCGGGGGGUGAGCAUUUGGUCAAUCUGCUGAUGCUGUCACUGCCAGGCAUUGACCCCAACGACCCCAUCAAGACAGAGACCACCUUCAAGUUCUACCGCUCUGUGCUGCAGUGCGUGCGGAUUGAGGACAUAAGCGGCCCGUCGUUUACGUUGAGAGCUGGUAAUAUCCACCACUACGAUCCUGUAUGUUAG